CGAUCGACGAUCAGUUGUUUGUGAAAUUGAGACGCCUGGCCCUUACCACUGGCUUGCCUGUUGUGACUUCGUGGACAAGCGUUUGUCCAACGUUUUUGCAAAUUUGUCAGGAGAAAUUUUGCAAUGGCGAGCCCAGUGAGGCCGACUGUGCCUGCCGGGGUGCCUCCUCGGGCUGAAGAUCUCAAAGUGGCUCCGAAGACCUCCGCCGAAUCCUCAACAAUGCCUGCUGGCGUCCGGGCCACUGCCCCUGCCAAAUUGGUCGUCGGGGCCCCAAUUACCGCAUCGACUGCGGUAUCCACAGCAAAAACCAUAUCAACAGCAAGAAUUGUGACUCAUCCUCACCCUGCGGCCACAACUCUGACCCUGAUUGGGUCUGGGACUGCUGCUGGAUUAAUCAGACCUGUAGCUACAGCGUCAGUUACGAGUUUCCAUAUUUCAAAAGCUGCAGUAACUGUGGCACCGUCUACUCGGAACGUCGUCACUGCGCCCCUCGUCACUGGCUUCUCACCUGGACCUAUAAUUACAGCUACAGCUCUACCUACUCAACAGGCUAGGGUUCGAACUCCCGCGGCUACUCAACUAACAGCUGGUGCUAAUUGGCUAAGCAAAGCACCCUCAGGAUCACCUGUUACGCAGCAAGCUCGCAUUACUACUUACCCUUUAGGCCAAGCAGCCAUCAGACCAACGGCAAGACCCCUUUUGGCCACCCUCUCAAAGCAAGAUUUGCCCACAAUUCGAACUCUGACUCAAGUGGACAAGUCGAAGGCUCGUCCCGGGGUUCCAGCUGGAACGCCUUUACCAUUGGUCAAACCUACAGAAGUUGCUCAUUUGGCGCCCGUGGUGGUUACGUCUGCUAAGACAGUUGUUGCUACUGCCAUAUCUAAGAUCCCCCAGCCUGGCCCUGCUAUUCAGAUAGCUCACCUUACCAACAUCAAAGGUGCCCCAGGUUCAACAAGAACAUCCAUUGGAACGUUCAGCUCGGGGCCUACCCAAGUGAAGGUCUUGGGAUCUGCAGAAACCUCCCUUCCGAGCACAGCUCCAGCAACAGUAAUCUCGUCCGGAAGCCUUCUCAUCCACAACACCCUGACAGGGGAAAGAACGGCCGGUGGACCAAACUACACUCUUCCAGCAAGCUACUUUUACGAACCUGGCCAGCAAUUGGUCAACGCAGGCCCAGGAAGUAGAAUAGUUAUGACGCCUGUGACUACAGCAGCUACUGCUGUGCCAAUCAAAAUCGAAGAGAAAAAAUUAGACACGAUUUUUACGAGCGCAGAUUUGUCUUCUGUUGUCAAAUCUGAGCACGAGGAUCGCACUGACGAGAGUGGAGUUACAACUCCUUUGGGUUCACCAACCAAGCUCUGCGCCUCCCCUCGACCAAGCAUAUUAAGGAAGAGAGACCACGAAGGAUCUCCAGUGAAAAAUUUAAAGGGAGCACUCCAGGCUCUAAGCUCGCCUCCUGCAUCUCCUCCUCAUUCCAGCAAGCCAGAUUCAGACGAUGGGAAAGACAAUUCUUCAGGUGGCUCGUCCACAAUAUCUGCAACUUCCAGUCCUGGUUUGCUAGAUAUUGAAAAUAUGGCUGCCAUCAAAUCAGAGCCUGCUGACGUAACCGACGCUCCUGAACCUGUCUCUCCAAGAAAGAAGCCCAGAAAACAACAAUUGACUGGAAAUGAACUGCAAGAGGUUGUUUCUCCUGAAGAACCAGAAGAAAAAAGGGCCAAAGCUGUUGGGGUGCGACGUCGCAGUGCCAUUUUACUGCCAAACUACCGCACCAACGCCAAACUCUGCCACAAUCACUUUCGACGCCCAACUGAUGUUCGAGUGAGAGAGGAACGUCGACCAACAGUAGCUGAACUCUCGAGCCAGCGUGGAGUGUCUCAAAAGGCACGGGGAUGGAAACUUUAUCAUCUCAGUACACAGAUGGAAGUUAUGAGUGAAAGAGAAUCUGAAAUUCUGGACCGUCUUGGCAACAUGCUUGAUGCAGUUGAUGACUGCUCUACCACGGCCGUGGACACUGGACGAACAUCAGAAUUAAUAAGGACAAACAUGCAGCGCAGUAAGGUUGUGCGUGACCAGCUGGAUGAUUGCCGCAACCAAUUGCUCAAGCUGCUCGAGCAUGGUGCACCUGUGCUGGAUAUCAUCAAACGAAACGCAAAUCGACGCCAAGCAAAGAAACCAAAAUACUGACAGCAUCAAAACUACUUUCUUUUUCGAGAAUUUCCUGUAUAACAUUUUUUUAUUAAAAACAAUUCAGUCCGAGGA